AUGGAGGAGAAUGACCCCAACCCCGGCGAAGCGGUGGCUGCUGUGGAGGGGCAGCGGCAGCCAGAACCCGGCACAGGGGGCAGCCCCAGCAGUAGUGGCGGCGACGGCAGCAGCCCCAGCGACUCGGACACCGGCCGCCGGCGGGCUCUGAUCCUGCCCGUGGUCCUGCAGGCGCCGGGCAACCACCAGCACCCACAUCGCAUCACCAACUUCUUCAUCGACAACAUCUUGCGGCCCGAGUUCGGCCGGAGGAAAGACGCGGGGACGUGCUGUGCGGGCGGCGGUGGCCGAGGAGGCGGAGGCGAGGAAGGAGGCGGAGGCGGCAGCGCGGGCGGCGCCGAGGGAGGAGGUGUCGCAGGCGGCGCCGAGCAGCUCCUGCGGUCUGGGAGCCGGGAGCCCCGGCACACCGCCGCCUCUGCGCCCGGGGCUGGCGGGCUGCUGCCCGGCGGCGGCGGCGGGGAAUCUCCUGGCGACGGUGAAGGCGGCUCCAAAGCGCUCUCGCUGCACGGCGGGGCCAAGAAAAGCGGCGACCCUGGGGGGGUCCUGGACGCAGCGCUCAAGCCCCGCGGUUUGGGUGGCGGGGACCUGUCGGUGAGCUCGGACUCGGACAGCUCUCAGGCCAGCGCGAACCUGGGGACGCAGCCCAUGCUGUGGCCAGCCUGGGUCUACUGCACGCGGUACUCGGACCGGCCUUCUUCAGGUCCCAGGUCUCGAAAACCAAAGAAGAAGAACCCGAACAAAGAGGACAAGCGGCCUCGCACAGCCUUCACUGCAGAGCAGCUGCAGAGGCUGAAGGCCGAGUUCCAAACUAACAGGUACCUGACGGAGCAGCGGCGGCAGAGCCUGGCGCAGGAGCUCAGCCUCAACGAGUCACAGAUCAAGAUUUGGUUUCAGAACAAGCGUGCCAAGAUCAAGAAGGCCACAGGCAACAAGAACACCCUGGCAGUCCACCUCAUGGCGCAGGGUUUGUACAACCACUCCACCACGGCCAAGGAGGGCAAGUCGGACAGCGAGUAG